CACUUGGCAGAGGCAGCCGCAGCUGACACACGCACAGCAAAGCUGCAUUCCGCGCACCCUUUGGCCGGCGCUGAGCAGAGGGGCUAGAAACGAACCUCAGGCCUGAGAGAACCCGCCCGCCUUCUAGGCUGAGGGCUAGAAACGGCCGCCACCGUAACAGCGACCAGUGUACGCCCCGCACCCGCGCCCCGCAGCCUGCCCUCACUGGAGCCGCCGCCUCAUCCCGCACCGCCGGCGGAGGCAGCGAGAAGGGCCCCGGCGCCGCCCUCCCCGGCUCUCGGCAUCCCCGUGGCCCGCCGAGACCCGCAUCCAGCGGCCGCCGCCGAGCGGUAUGAAAACACAAGCGCCGGCAGGAGACGCGCACAGGGCCGAGCCGAGCCGGGCAGGGCCGGGGGGGCGGCCGCGGCCCUGGUUGCUACGCCUACGCCCCGGCGGGCAGAGACCAUAGAGAUGCGCGCCGCAGCCUAGAGAGGCCCCUGCCCGUCGCGCCUUCCCGGCGAGGCCGCCGACGUCGCCUUUCCGGCCAGGCACUUCCGGCUCCUGCUGCUACCGGAGAGGAAGAAAAUAAAGUCAGAGAGGGGGUGCACCCGUUUGUUUCGGCUGGUUCCUUUCCCCCCCUCCCCUCCCCGCCGCCUUCCCUUCUCAGCACGACGCCCCCCAAAGCCGCAGCAGCGCCGCCGGCAGAUAUGUCAGAACACAGCAGUGAAUCCACAACACUUGAUGAAUCUCAUCCAGCUGCAGAAGAAGUCCAGUCUGACUCUGAGGAAGGUGCAAUGGCUCAAGAGUCUCCCAAAAAUUCAGCAGCAGAAAUUCCUGUGACUAGCAAUGGACAGCUGGAAGACUCUCAGGAGCACAGCUUUAACAGAGACUUGAAACGUUCCUUACCAGUUGGACUUGGACUUUCUGAAACCAAAAUAACAUCUCAUGGCUUUGACAGCACCAAAGAGGGAGUCAUUGAGGCAGGACCAUUUCCUGGUUCCUCAGCAUCACCCAAAUCAUCUGUUAUAACUCCUAGCAGUGCAGCAGCUAGCAGACUGGCUGGACAAGGUUGUGAUUUAAUUAUUCCCACAGGGGGCAGAGCUCAGCAGAAGAGUGGACCUGUUGUGUUGGCAGAUGAAGUAAAGAAUCCAGCAAUGGAGAAGUUGGAAUUGGUGAGAAAGUGGAGCCUGAACACUUACAAGUGUACACGUCAGAUCAUCUCUGAAAAAUUAGGUCGUGGCUCAAGAACAGUAGACCUGGAACUAGAAGCUCAAAUAGAUAUAUUGAGAGAUAACAAAAAAAAAUAUGAAAAUAUCUUGAGACUAGCACAGAUGCUGUCCACACAACUCUUCCAGAUGGUACAUACCCAAAGGCAACUUGGAGAUGCAUUUGCUGACCUGAGUUUGAAAUCAUUGGAACUUCAUGAGGAGUUUGGCUACAAUGCAGAUACACAGAAACUUCUAGCUAAAAAUGGAGAAACUCUUCUCGGGGCUAUUAACUUUUUUAUUGCCAGUGUGAAUACACUGGUGAAUAAAACAAUUGAAGACACAUUAUUGACUGUGAAACAGUAUGAAAGUGCCAGGAUUGAGUAUGAUGCAUAUAGAACAGACCUAGAAGAGCUGAAUCUUGGCCCUCGUGAUGCAAAUACUCUGCCAAAGAUUGAGCAAUCACAACAACUGUUUCAAGUGCACAAAGAGAAAUAUGACAAAAUGCGUAAUGAUGUGUCUAUCAAAUUGAAAUUUUUGGAAGAAAAUAAGGUUAAGGUAUUGCACAAUCAGCUUGUUCUGUUCCACAAUGCCAUUGCGGCGUACUUUGCUGGCAAUCAAAAGCAGCUUGAACAGACACUUAAACAGUUCCACAUCAAAUUGAAAACUCCCGGAGCAGAUGCCCCAUCCUGGCUUGAAGAACAGUAAUCAGAUCACCGAAGAGGACCCAUGUUAACCCGAAAUCUUUAAAUCUGAUGAUAAUUAAGGGUUGGGGUUGAAGGACUGUUGUAGUGAUUCUUGCACAGACAGCUUUAAUUUUUUUCCCCUUUUAUAAUACUGUAAAACUGAAUUUGGUGGGAAAGUGUAGGUGACUUGAAGACAACCAAACAUAAUUUCUGUAAUUUCAAAUAUAGAGCACUCUUUUUCUUUUUUUUUUUUCCAUGUAAAGGUUGGUGGUUAUUUCUGUAACCGGGAUGG